AUGGCCUCGCCUCUGACCACCGCCUGGCUCCGCCAACACACCCGCCCUUAUCGCAGCCCCGACGCGACCUUCGCGGACAUCGACGCCCUCCUCCGCCGCUCACCCACCCUCCGCCCAAAGACGGACGUGUACACUUACGACGACGGCCGCACACAGCUCCUCCUCUGUCUCCACGGCCUCCUCCCCAUCUCCUUCCGCAACGCAGCCUACCACAUCCCCGUCGCCAUAUGGAUCCCCAUCGACUACCCCCGCCUGCCCCCCAUCGCCUACGUCGUCCCCACCUCCGACAUGCUCAUCAAGCCCGGCGAAUUCAUCGACGGCUGCAACCUUCCAGCCCUCGUCGACGCCAUGCAAGCCCACUUCUCCCAGGCCCCUCCCGUCUACUCCAAGCCAAAGCACCCUGCCACUGUCCAUCCGCCCCCGUCCGGCGCAACCACCCCGGCUGUCUCCCACGCCGAUCGCCCCGCCUUGCCUCCCAAACCGGGCGCGCCUGUCCCUGUCCCUACGUCUCCCCUUAGAUCCGCCCCGUCCCUUCACGCGUCACCACGCACCAACGGAGGCCCGUACGGUCCUUCCGGACUCUCUCCCCCUCCGCCCAGACCGCCGCUGCCGCCCCACCUGAGUCCAGCCACCAGGCUCGGAACACCCCAGACCGAACCGCCAUCACUGCACCCUCGAGAGCGACCCACGUCCACAUCUUUCGGCAUCGCGUCUCCACCGCCUCCAGCUGGGCCGGCACCCGUUCCGAACCCACACAUCCGGGCGUCCCUCCCUGCUGUUCCGCCCCUGCCUCCAAACGCGACCAUGUCAGCACCCUUUCCCAUCAUCGCCACGACGCUCCACUCGGCUUCUCCGGGCCCGAUGAUUUCACCGCCCCCGCCGCCCAUCCACGCGCACCUCCCUCCUCAAACACGCACACCCCUUGCACAGCCUCCCCCCGCAAUCGCUCCCGCGCGCAUACCCCCACCGAACCUUCUCGACGAAGACAGCCCCGACGCCCCACCGGCCCCGCACUCUGCCGCGUCUCCCCCCACGCACCCCGCGCCCUCCGCCUCGGCAGCGUCGGCGGCGGCGUCCGCGCACCUCCCACCGCGCCCGCCGAACCCCGAGCUCCUCGACCUGCACGCGCACGUGCACGCGCGGCUCGUCUCGGAGCGCGUGUCGCUCGCGCAGGCGAUGGCGCUCGACGCGGAGCGCCUGCGCGCGCACCAGCGCGACCUGCUCGCGGGGCUGCCCGCGGUGCGCGACGAGAGCGCGCGGCUGCAGGCCGUGCGGGACGUGUGCCGCGCGGUCGCGGACAGGCUCCGCGGCGCGGUGAUCGACGCGGAGCGCACCGUCGCGGAGCUGCGGCGCAAGGGCGAUCCGCCCGUGGACGAGCUCGUGUGCUCGACGUCCAUCGUGCAUAACCAGUGCGUCGCGUCCGCGCUUGCUGUUCACCCAUUUUUGGUCGCGCCGUUUCCUCUCUGCUUUAUUUUAUUUUAUUUUAUUCUAUUCUAUUUCUAUCGUGUUUUGAUACGACUGCUCGGUCGGCCCGCGCGGUCGAUCGGCGCGUAUCAGCUCGUCGACCUGGUCGCGGAGGACAACGCGAUCGAAGACACCGUGUACCACCUGCACCGGGCGCUCAACGCGGGGCGGAUCGACCUGGACCGGUUCCUGCGGGUGAGUGCACCCCCACACGCUCACGCGCACGCGCACGUCGCGCGCGCGUGCGACGCGUCGCGACCGGUUUGCUGA